AUGAAAUUCGUACACAUCUUAAGAAUUAUUAUUUACAUUCCGGCUGUCGUAACUAAGAUGAAUGCAAAUCUAAAUUUCGCUCUAUCGCCAACAUCCCCGUCUUUGGGCUCUACGUCAUCGACAUCAUCUCCAUCCUCAUUGCAGGCCGUGACGUCAUCAAUGACGUCACUUUUCUCGGUGACAAACGCACCAGCCUGUCCAAAUGAGCCGACAGCCAUCCAAGAAAUUUCAUCACACAAAGUGGAAAAGUGUGAGGUGGCCUGCGCUUACUACUGCCGCCUAAACAGCAACUGCACGUACUUCCGCUACUCUUCAGAGGAAGGCCACCAUGCGAAUUGCCGACUGUACGAGAGUGGAAAUGUCACUGGAAGCAAUUUGAUUCCAGACUCAAACUCUACGUGCUUCCUCCUUAGACAGGCAAUACUGCGAAGUGUUAACCGGCCAAUCCAAUUGCUGAAUACAAACCUCUUACUGGAGCAAAAUCUAGAAAAAUUAAUUAAUUUAUGUUACGAGAGAACAACAACAACUAUCACGGAUACUACAAGCAUUGUUACUGCAAAAUUUUUUAAUAUUUUCACUGCAACUGCUACUAUCAAUGAUAGAAAAACAAUAUCAAAUACUAAUGAUACUACCGAUGCAACUGAUACUGCUGCUACAGAUACAACUACUGUCAUUACUGCCACUACAACCACUACCACUGCUAAAACUACUGCAGCGACUACCACUGCUACUGUGGCUACUGCCAUAAGGACCACAACAAAAUAUACAUAUUACGACUGCGGUUUCGCUAACCCGUGUCCAUACUCGCAGCCGGACUAUCAAAAGUUCCAAACGAUAUUUUCUAACAUGUACGUCUACUGCAAAAGUAACACCACAGCUGGGUGUGGUUAUCUGACCUGCAGCUACAACGAAGUUUUCAACGAGACCAAGCAAACGUGUGUUAAACAAUGGUAG